AUGGAACAGCAACAGUUGAUCGCCAGCGUCCACCCGGUGCAUACACAAGAAUACCAAUCCCAAUCCUUCCCAGGACCACACCGAGCUCACUCAAAAGUUCUCAAAAUGCACGCCGUAACCAUUCUCGCCAUCUUCGCCGCCUCCUUGGCCUGCUGUGCUGGCGAUGUGGCGCACUUGUCGCGCAGCUAUCUGCCUCCCUUGAGCGGUGGCUACUCCUCCGGCUACUCCUCGUAUCCGUCGUACUCGAGCGGAUCCGGCUAUUACUCGGGCGGCGGCAGCUACGCCUCGCCGCUCAUCUCGUCCAGCUACAAGAACUACGCGGUGCCGCAGUACACCACCUAUGCCACGCCCUCGCGCACCUACUUGCCGGCGGAUGCGGGCUACACCGGCUACUCCGGCUACUCCGGUUACUCCGGCUACAAUGGCCUGGACACCAAGUACGGCAGCAAUGGUGGCUACGUCUACUAGGCGCUAAGCCAAUUUUUUUUGGAUGACCAGCAACAAUGGAGCCAGCAGACAACUAUAUUCCUCUAAUCUUUUUUUUUCUUGGCUAAGCAAUUUUUUUAAUGGCUACUAAAAAUUUUCGA